ACAAAGAUUAUUCCUGGAUAUUGUGUUUGAAACUUUCAUUAUUUUUCAGGUUUCUGCAACCGAUCCAGAUUGUGGGGUCAAUGCCAUGGUGAAUUAUACCUUGGGUCAUGGAUCUGGAAAGAUCAAGGAGUUCAAGGUCAGGUCAGAUACUGGAGAAAUCUGUAUAAGCUCGCCAUUAGAUUACGAAACGAGGAAUGUCUACGAGUUUCCAGUUACGGCCACAGAUAGAGGUGGACUGAGCACCACAGCAAUGAUGAAAAUCCAAAUCACCGACGUGAACGACAACCGGCCAUUGUUUUAUCCCUCCGAAUACAAAGUUUCGCUACGCGAGAACGGCGCCUCAUCAUCAGCCACCACCCCGGUAGUUGUGGUGGCAGCCACUGACGCGGACUCGGGCAAAUUCGGCGCUGUUACCUUCAAAAUAGUGGCGGGAAAUGAGGGGGGACUCUUCAGAAUCGACAAAUCUACUGGGGAAAUCUUCAUCAGCCGACCUAACCUGCUGUCCGCUAGAGGGCAGCCCUAUUAUAGGUUGAAUAUAAGCGCUGUCGACGGUGGGAACUUGAAGUCUUUGAAGGAUGCCGAAGUUUUCAUCAGUGUGAUUGAUUCUGCGCAGAGGCCUCCGAUUUUCGACCAUCCCCGGUAUACGUAUUCUGUGAGCGAAAAUGUCAGGAAGAAUACGGUUGUUGGGAAUGUCAAGGCAACGAUUCUGGAUAAUGCUGGCAGAAGUGGUGUUCGUUACACAGUUUAUUCUGGUGAUCCAGGAGGCUACUUCAACAUCAAUCCCAUCACGGGAGCCAUCAUCACAGCUUCAAAUCUCGACCACGAAACGAAAUCCAGCGUUCUUUUGAACAUUCAGGCUACAAGUGGCGAUCCUCCAGUAUAUGGCCAUACACAAGUCCACAUCGAAAUAGAAGACGUCAACGACAACGCCCCGGAAUUCGAGUCCCCCACCGUCCGCAUAUCGGUCCCCGAAAACGUCGAGAUCGGCUCUGCAAUCUUCUCGGCCCACGCCAACGACAGGGACUCCGGCCCCAACGGCGUCGUCAAAUACAAGAUCGGCAACGCCGCGUACGGCAACAGCGCGUACGGUGGCCUCUUCAAGGUCGACCCCGACCAGGGCGACCUGACGAUGGCCGGACGGCUGGAUUACGAAACGUCGCAGCGGCACACGAUCGUCAUCACGGCGACGGACAUGGGGAAUCCCCCGCUCUCAGCCAACUUGACAGUGUUCGUCGAGGUCCAGGAUGUUAAUGAUAAUCCGCCUGUGUUCGAGAGGAACGAGUAUUCGCUCAGUAUUCUGGAGUCGUCGCCUGUCAAUACGCAGAUUCUCCAACUGACCGCAGUGGACGCGGACACCGGCAACAACGCACGCUUGACCUACCGCAUUCUCCGCUCCAACCACUCCCAGGUCUUUGGAGUGUUCCCCAACAGCGGCUGGCUCUAUCUCAAGGCACCCCUGGACAGGGAGGAGCAGGAGGAGUACACUCUGACCGUGGCCGCCACAGACAACGGGACUCCCUCCGAGACCGCCACCACCAAGGUGGUGGUGGAGGUGUUGGACGCCAACGACAACGACCCGAAGUUCGCCGACAAGGAGUACGAGUUCGCCGUGGAGGAAAACUCGCGGAGGGGCACGUUGGUGGGGAGGGUGUUGGCCCACGACGCCGACAAGGGGGUGAACGCCGCCUUGCGGUACAGUCUGAUACCGGGCAACAGCAGCUUCCAUAUCAACCAGAUCACGGGUGAAAUCACUACCAAAGAACCAUUAGAUCGCGAACAAAAACAAAACCACGAUCUUGUCGUCGAAGCAAGAGACCAAGGCACCCCUUCAAGAACUGCAAGAGUAUUCUUGAAAAUCACAGUCCUCGACGUCAACGACAAUACCCCCGAAAUCGUCGACCCACAAGAAGACGUCAUCAGUGUACGCGAAGAACAACUUCCUGGCACCGAAGUGGUUAGGGUAAAAGCCGUAGAUGCCGAUAGUGGCAACAAUGCCUCCAUCACAUACUCCAUCAUCAAGAACAGAGAUUCGGACGACCACGGCGCAUUCUCCAUAGACCCCAAUACCGGCGUCAUCAGGACAAGAAUGGCGCUUGACCACGAAGAGAAAACGAUCUAUCGUCUCGCGAUUGGAGCGACAGAUGGUGGAAAACCACCGAAGCAAAGUGUCCGUAUGCUUAGAGUUGAGGUACUGGACCUGAACGAUAACAGGCCCACCUUCACUAGCUCUAGCCUCGUCUUCCGGGUUCCAGAGGAUGUUUCCAUCGGCUACGUAGUGGGAUCUAUAGCUGGAUCAGAGCCUGUCCACGAGAACUCGAUUAGUGGCUCUGGAGGAUAUAUUACAUACACUCUAACUUCGAUGUUCACUGAUAGUAUAGGUGAUGCUUUUGACAUAGAUCGAAGCACUGGGUCAUUGGUUGUAGCUAGACAGCUAGACAGAGAAAUUCAGUCUGAGUACCGGCUUGAAGUAAGAGCGUUAGAUACAAGCGCUAUGAACAAUCCACAAAGUAGUGCUAUCACUGUCAAGGUAGACAUUGUUGAUAUCAAUGAUAACUCGCCUAAGUGGCCACAAGAUCCAAUUAUCAUCCCAAUCAGUGAAAACACCGAAAUCGGCGCGUCUGUUUACAACUUCACAGCUUUCGAUUCAGACAGUGGUAGCAAUAGUGACUUGCGAUACACUUUGAUGAACCAGUUCUAUGGUGAUAUAUUUUCUGUUGAUUCACUCACUGGUACGCUCGUUUUAUUAUCGAGUUUGGAUUUCGAAACAAUUCAAGAAUACACUAUUAUCGUCACUGCAACCGACCAAGCUCAGAAUGUGUCAGAAAGGCUCAGCACUUCAGUGACUGGGCGGAUUAUUGUUACUGACUUCAAUGAUAACGCACCAAAAUUUGUGGUUCCAACAACGUCCACAGCAUACAUUAGCGAAGCUACUAUAGUUGGUAUGACGAUAUCGCAUAUAAUUGCAGUGGAUGUUGAUAGUGGUGAUAAUGGCAGGGUGACUUACAUAAUAUCCGGUGGCAAUGAAGGUGGACUUUUUUCAUUGGGAUAUGACACCGGAGUUUUAACAUUGGCCAAGCCUUUAACAUCGAAUCAGAAAUCAUUUAUUCUGAAUGUAACUGCCAAUGAUCAUGGUAAUCCUACGAAGAAGUCUACAAUGGAACUGAAAUUAUUCGUUCAAGGAUCUCUCAGCAAUUCCCCAAAAUAUCUGAAUAAUCAAUAUAUGGCAAGUGUCCCUGAAGAUUUAUCUGUUGGUACUGUUAUCACCAGAAUUGGCCCAAAACUCAGUUUUGCAGGAACCAGAAAUAAUCUGACAUUUGUUAUAUCACCUGGGAUAGCUGAUGAAACUUUCGAAAUCCUCUCCCCAUCUGGCCAAGUCCGAACAAGAAAACGCUUAGACCGAGAAACGGAAGAAUCAUACGUGAUACCAAUAUAUGUCACCGAUUCAACGCAUUCCACCACUCUCUUCGACACCACUGUAUUGGCAAUUGAAGUCACCGAUGUCAAUGAUAAUGCACCAACAUUCCAACCUGGAUCGUGCUACCGUCUAUCCGUACCGGAAAAUUCAGAUACAGGCAUCAUACAUACAGUUAGAGCUGAGGAUUUGGACUCUGGCCCCAACGGGGAUAUCUUAUACACUAUCACUAGCGGCAAUACAGGCAAUAAAUUCAGCAUCGAUGUCAAAUCAGGAGAACUGACAGCAAGACCUCUUGAUAUGGAGAGUCAGUUCAAAUAUUUUUUGACUGUGACAGCCAGAGAUAGAGGCACUCCCACUCUGCAGAGUUCUUGUAAUCUAACAGUAUACGUUGAAGACCAAAAUGAUAAUGAUCCGAAGUUUGAUUUAUCGAAAUACUCUACUGCUGUUCUGGAAGAUGUUGCUAUAGACACCUCUGUUCUCACUGUGCAUGCUUCAGAUGCUGAUAAUGGAAUGAAUGGAAAAAUUAUGUAUUCGCUAGCGAAUGAAAGCCAUUGGUUAUUUCGUAUCGAUAAUAAAUCCGGUAUCAUCACUACUGCAGGAUUUUUCGACAGAGAGCGCCAGAAUGUCUACAAUUUCUUAGUGGUUGCAACUGACAGAGGAAAAUAUGACGCUAGAUCGCAAAGUGUACCAGUUACCGUGAAAAUAUUGGACGUCAAUGACAACAAUCCAGUUUUCACCCAGUAUCCAUUCAAAGAAAGAGUAGUACCAUAUAUCCAACCCGGACAAAUGAUUCUUAAAGUCAUAGCGAAUGACAUCGACGAAGGUAACAACGCCGAAAUUGUGUACAGUAUUGUAAAUGAUGGUUCCGAUGGAAAAUUCAGAAUCAAUCCGAAUACUGGAAUUCUAACCACCACACAAUCACUUGCUAGCAAUAAAGGGAAAAUUAUUUAUCUCAAUAUACUCGCUACAGAUAAAGGUAACCCUCCAAGAAGCUCUACAGGGCUAGUAGAAAUCAUGGUAGGAGAUCUUCAAGAUGGCUCACCACUCCUCACAUUUCAAAAUGAUACAUACAAAAUGACAAUCACCGAAAAUGCUGAAAAAUUCAGAGACGUAAUACAAGUGACAGCAUUACGUUCUGAUGGCAGACGGCAAAAAAUCGUUUACUCAAUUGGAAGUGGAAAUGAAGAAAAUAUAUUUGUGAUCAACUCCAACAGCGGAAUCAUCCAACUGAGAGAUCUGACAUAUCUGGAUUAUGAGUUACAUAAGGAGAUUCUCCUCAUUGUGGAAGCAAGAACAGAAGGUACCCCAAACUUGCAUGGCUACUGCAAAGUUCUUAUCCAGAUUACCGAUGAAAAUGAUAACGCCCCGAAGUUCACCCAACAACAGUACACCGCGAAUGUCCUGGAGGGUAACAAUAAAGGAGAAUUCGUUCUGCAAAUUUCAGCUUUUGAUGCUGAUGAGGGGGCCAAUUCCAGGGUGUUGUAUCAUAUCGUAGAUGGAAAUCAUGAUAACGCUUUCAAGAUAGAACCAGCAUUCAGUGGUACUCUCAAAACUAAUAUCGUCCUUGACAGAGAAAUCCGCGAUUUUUAUCGACUGACUGUUAUUGGGACAGACGAGGGUAUUCCACAAAUGACAGGAACGUCUAAGAUACGUAUCAAUGUUGUAGAUGUUAAUGACAACCAGCCCACUUUUCCCCCACAUAGUAUCAUAACGGUGAAAGAAGACACUGCAGUAGGGACUGUUCUCACCAUCGUAACAGCAAAUGACGUAGAUACAUACCCACCUCUGACAUAUGAGUUCUCCAAAGAUAACCAAAAGAACGAUAUGGAAUAUUUCAGUAUCGAUAGAUACAGUGGAAAAGUUGUGCUGCAGAAAAGCCUCGAUUUCGAAAUUUGGCAAGAAUGCCAGAUAGGGAUUGUUGCAACAGACACAGCUCACUUGGCCCACACUAGGCUUACCAUAAAAGUGAUAGAUGUCAAUGAUAAUUCUCCUGUCUUCCUACAGACAUCAUACGUUGCAAAUCUGCCUGAUGGAAAUUCAGGUGUUCUCACAGAAAUUGUGACAGUGAAUGCCUCGGAUGCCGACACUGGAGAUAAUUCAAGAAUUAGAUUCAACAUAGUGAAUCCGAUGCCAGGUUUCUUUAUUGGAUUAUAUGAUGGAGUUUUGAAAACGAAUCUCUCCAAUGUAACUCCACCAGAAGGCGACAUUUUGUUAACUAUCAAAGCCACUGAUGAAGGAAAUCCACCACGGCAUGCUUUCGUCCCUGUCAGGAUCAGAACUAACAUAACUGCUGGCUCAGGAAUAAAAUCAUUGAACAAUAUGGACUACCAAGUCAACUUACCAGAGAAUACGACAAAAGGUACUACGAUAAUCCAGAUAGCAAAACCAUCAAAUGCGCUAACAGGCAUCUUCAAAAUAAUAGAUGGCAAUGACGAUAGGCUCUUCGAGAUUUCUUCUCCAUCGGGAGCUCUCAUCCUUGUGAAGAACCUAGAUAGAGAGAUACAAGAUACUCAUAGGUUGAGAAUGUCUAAUGACGACACAAAUUCACCAGCUAUGCAAAUAUUGAUAAAAGUUGAAGACUCGAAUGACAAUGCUCCAGUAUUCCAAACUGCUGAUUACGAGAAAACGAUCAGUGAAAGCUUGGUCGUUGGUUCUAGAGUGGAGACGAUCGUUGCUACCGAUGCUGACCUCGAAAAUUCACCAAACUCUGAUAUCGUUUAUGAUAUUACUUCUGGUAACGAUUAUGGAUACUUCAAGCUCGAUCGUAAGACAGGAGAAUUGUUUGUGAAUAAAAACCUGGACUUUGACAAAGGAGACACCGAAUAUAACUUUGUAGUCAGAGCAUGUGACAUGGGAACACCAAGUCUAUGUACGCUCAAUACUUUCUUGAUCAUUCUCCAAGAUGAAAAUGAUAAUCAACCAACUUUUCCUGUUUCCGAAUAUUUGGAAUUCGUUGGCGAAAACGAACCUGUUGGAACAGUCAUUUUCACAGCUCAUGCAACUGAUUUGGACAAAGGGCCAUUCGGGUCAGUGAAUUAUUCCAUAGCUGGCACGAACAACUAUGCCCAAGUUGAUAACUCCUGGAAGUUAUUCCACAUCGAUUCCUCCACUGGCUUAGUCACAACAUCUACAGUUUUCGAUUAUGAACAAAGAAAUAAAUACAACUUUGUGAUACAAGCUACAGAUGUCGGCGGAAAAUACUCCACUGUGAAAGUCAGAGUGGAGAUUGAGGGAAAAGAUGAAUUUCAUCCUCAGUUCACAGAAAGAACCUAUAAACUUACUCUUCCUUCAUCCACCGCACUACCUGCCGGUUAUAUCGUGGGACACGUGACCGCCACAGAUAGAGAUAAGGGUCCAGAUGGUAGAGUAAUCUACCAGUUGACUACUCAACAUCAGUUUUUCAAGGUGAACAGGACCACAGGGGAUAUUUUGAUCAAGAAGAAACUGGACUAUGCAGAACUGCCAUCCUCUGGAAGAGAAAUAAGCUUGGUAAUCACAGCGAGCUCUGGACGACAAGGCUCUUUAACGAAUAUGACUGUGGUUGAGAUUAUCUUAGACCCAUUGGCAGAUCCUGGUACUAAUUUGGCUAUAAAUAGGGAGAAUACGGCUGUUCCAGCAGUUGGUAGUGGAAUAGCAGAUUGGGCUUUAGGGCUUCUCAUAUCCAUUCUGCUUCUGAUCAUGAUAUUCGGAGCAGUGUUCGUAUUUCUCCAUAUGCGGAACAAACGAAAUAAACAAGUUAACAAACCUAACUUGAGCUCGGAAACAGUUUCAUCCUCCAACAACUACGUUGAUCCAAGUGCUUUCGACACCAUCCCAAUUCGAGCAGGCGUAGGUUCUUUACAAAAUAGCAACAAUCAAUUCGCUCCACCCAAAUACGACGAAAUACCUCCAUAUGGUGCAGGACAUCCAGCUAGCUCAAACUCCGGAGCAGCAACGACUUCCGAACUGUCUGGAUCAGAACAGUCGGGAUCUAGUGGCAGAGGAUCAGCCGAAGACGAUGGAGAAGACGAAGAAAUCCGGAUGAUAAACGAAGGUCCUUUGCAAAGAGAUUCUGGCAUCCAUCGACAGAACGAUGAGGAAGACAACUUGUCCGAUAUGUCAGUGAGAAAUACUCAGGAGUAUCUAGCCAGACUGGGUAUCGUCAAUAAUAGUAGCUCUGGGCACCCACAGGCUGCAUCGAGAAUAUGCCAAGAUCCUCGAGCUAGUACCAGCAAAGAGAACGUUCUACACCACCAGUCAGUUCCUCUCGACAGUCUCAACAUCUUCGACGAAGAAGGCAACGAGAAUGACAUCACCAAUAUGAUUUAUGCCAAAUUGAAUGACGUCACUGGCAGCGACAGAGCUAGUUCGACGAAUGAAAGUACGGGAGUGAAUCCAUCCAAUAUCGGUGCAGCCAUGGAUCACGUGAUGGGCAUGAGUGGUUAUGGCGAUCAUCCGACAGUUACCCACCAUCAACCAUCCAUGAAUGGUUCACUCAGUUCCAUAGUGCACAGCGAGGAAGAGCUGGCUGGGAGCUAUAACUGGGACUACCUCCUGGAUUGGGGUCCGCAGUACCAGCCCUUGGCUCAUGUGUUUUCGGAGAUAGCAAGACUGAAAGAUGACACUGCAUCAGUGCAUAGCGGUGCCAGCGGUAACUCCAGCGUCAAGAGCAGUGUCGCUCAUGGAAAGAGCAUCCCGCCUCCUCUGAUAACGAGCGUCGCUCCCAGAGCCAUAGCGAUGCCAGUGCUGAAUUCGAGAGGAGGGCCUAGUCAUCAUAACGUCGGGCAUAACCAGAUGAUGAUGUUGCCGAGGUCGCCGAUAAGUCACGAUGCAUCGGGAGCCACGUUCAGCACAUCCACAGCGAUGUCGCCUAGUUUUUCUCCGUCGUUGUCGCCUCUGGCAACAAAGUCUCCCUCGGUGUCGCCUCUGGUGGCGCCGGGGCUUACUACUUCGCAUCACGUGAUGAGUAGACAGCCGGCGCCGAGGAAUAAAUCUGUGGUGGACACUGAACUUAGAAUAUGA